AUGUUCGACUCCACUCUCAUGGCUUCCUCGCACCCAGUCAUCACAUCCUACUUCCACGCCUCUAACUCAGCAUCAUGGCUUUCCACAGCAUUCCUGCUUACCUCCACAUCGCUCCAACCACUCAUGGGACGUCUCUCCGACACCAUUGGUCGUCGGCCAUUGUAUCUUGGAGGACUUGUCCUAAUCUCAGCAACGACGGCAUGGUGUGCUUUCGCCCAAUCCAUCGGCUCCUUCAUCGCCGCACGCGCCUUCUGCGGCAUAGGUGCCGCCGGCGUUCUCUCGAUGGGCAACGUCAUGACCAACGACCUCGUCAGCAUCGACGUCCGCGGCACGUAUCAAGCGUACAUCAAUCUCUUCUACGGCGGCGGCUCGGCUUGCGGUGCAGCGUUCGGCGGCUUCUUGUGCGAUAAGCUGGGCUGGCGUAUGACCUUCGCCAUCCAAAUUCCCGUCUUCAUUCUCCUCCUGAUCAACGCCUUCUUCACCACGCCUUCCACCCUCGGCCCCAACCUGCAUGCACGCUCAGGCCUAGGCAUCCGCGAUGCAAUGCGCGGCUUCGAUAUUGCCGGGUCCAUGCUCCUCACCGGCUCCGUUGCCGCUCUUAUUCUGGGCCUGAACCUCGGAGGCAACGUCUAUCCCUGGAAACAUCCUUUCGUCAUUACCUCGCUCGUUGUUGCUGGCGUUGCAGGCUCCGUCUUGAUAUAUGUCGAAAAGCACGCUAAGAGAGCCGUCAUGCCCCUCCCCAUGCUUUUCAGUCGACCGCGCGGAAGUCUAGUAUUUAACAAUUUCUUCGCUGCGCUCGGCAUAAACACCAUCCUCUUCAACGCACCGCUCUACUUCCAGGCCGUCAAACUCGAAUCCGCUUCCCUAUCUGGGUUUCGGCUCGGUGGACCCUCUGUUGCGCUGACGAUCUGCGGCGUAAGCUGUGGAUUCAUCAUGACUGCCACCGGACGGAUGAAGUGGCUCAUCAUCGUUGGGACCUUGUCGAUGCUUGUCGGGAGUGUGUGUUUGAGCGCUAUGUGGGACGGCAUCCCAGCGUGGGUGGCGACUGUCUUCCUCAUUCCGUCGAGCGUUGGGCAGGGUUUGUCAUUCCCAGCAACAUCACUCGCUGUGCUCGCGACGAGCACGCAGGAAGACCAGGCGGUCAUGACGAGCACGUUGCUUCUGUGGCGCAGUUUGGGCGUUGUGAUGGGCGUCUCAUUCAGUAGUUUGAUCUUGCAGAAUGCGUUGACUGCGUAUUUGAACGCGCUCGUUACUGGAAAGCAUAAGGAUGAGAUUAUCCUUACUGUCCGCAAAUCGGUACGAAGUAUUAUCGAUCUCAACCCAAAGCAUCAAGCUCAAGUCAUCGAAGCAUACGACCGCAGUCUGAAGGUUACUUUCGUCUCCACGAUCGUAGUCUUCGUCAUCGCAAACAUCCUCGUCCUAGCCAUCAAACUCCCAACCCUAAAGAAGAAAGACGUAGACGAACAAGUAGAGGAAGCUGAACAGCAGUGA